GCAGCCCAAGAUGGCCGACUUCGAGGAUCGGGUGUCGGAUGAGGAGAAGGUACGCAUAGCUGCUAAAUUCAUCACUCAUGCACCUCCUGGAGAAUUUAAUGAAGUGUUUAAUGAUGUCCGACUUCUACUUAAUAAUGACAAUCUCCUCAGGGAAGGGGCAGCACAUGCAUUUGCCCAGUAUAACAUGGAUCAGUUCACACCCGUGAAGAUAGAAGGAUUUGAAGAUCAGGUCUUAAUUACAGAACAUGGUGACCUGGGUAACAGCAGAUUUUUAGAUCCAAGAAACAAAAUUUCCUUUAAAUUUGAUCACUUACGGAAAGAAGCAAGUGACCCCCACUCAGAGGAGGUAGAUGGAAGCCUGAAGUCUUGGAGAGACUCCUGUGACAGUGCCCUGAGGGCCUACGUGAAAGAUCAUUAUUCCAGCGGCUUCAGUACUGUUUAUGCUAAAACUAUAGAUGGACAACAGACAAUUAUUGCAUGUAUUGAAAGCCACCAGUUUCAACCUAAAAACUUCUGGAAUGGUCGUUGGAGAUCAGAAUGGAAGUUCACCAUCACACCACCUACAGCCCAGGUGGUUGGAGUGCUUAAGAUUCAGGUUCACUAUUAUGAAGAUGGCAAUGUUCAGUUGGUUAGUCACAAAGAUGUACAGGAUUCAGUAACUGUUUCGAAUGAAGUCCAAACUGCCAAGGAGUUUAUUAAAAUCAUAGAGCAUGCAGAGAACGAGUAUCAGACGGCAAUUAGCGAAAACUAUCAAACCAUGUCAGACACCACAUUCAAGGCCUUGCGCCGGCAGCUUCCGGUUACUCGCACCAAAAUCGACUGGAACAAGAUACUCAGUUACAAGAUUGGCAAAGAAAUGCAGAAUGCUUAAAGGCUGAAUGUAAGAUUCUUCAGUGUGGCGGGGUGGGAAAAGGGAUUCAACAUGUGAUCAUAUGAUAAAUAGGUGGUUUAUAAACAAGAGUGAUAUUUUACUAGGGCUUUCAAAGUAAACAGGUUUUCUAGCCUCAUGGAUACUGUUGAACCUAUACCAUUGUCUGAAUUAUUUUAUGUUCUGUACUUUGUAAUAUUUUGUUGUCACUAUAUCUACUUGUUUUUUAUUUUGUUUUGUUUUUUAAUUCUGCCACACUUCAUGUUAGAGAGAUAUCUAUCUUGGAGUCAUUUUACUGUUUAGAAAAUUGUCCAAGUAUAUGUUCCGUACUUUUUUACCCCUGUUCUUCAAAGAACUUCUGGCAACUUCAGUGGCUUUUUACUGCUAAACCAACAGCUAAAGAAGUGAUGCUAAAAACUUUAGCUAAGUAGCAGACACAUUGAUCAUUCUCCCUCCAAUUGCUUUAAUCAUCCUAUAUGGUGUUUCAUCACUGGAUAGAUUUCAGAUUUUUGGAUUGAGGAUUUUCACAUCGUUUGAGGGUCAGGGGGCACAGAGGAAGUUUUCUGGAAAUUCCAUUAUAGCCAGCUUCUCUAGGGAAGUUGUUUUUAAAUCCAAAGACUUGAACCACAUUCCCUGCACAUGUACAUGUUUGCUUUCUUUUUUCUUAUUUCCCUCAGUGUCUCCAUUUCCAUGUAGCACCCUUGUAGUUACAGACAUCUGCAUUUUUAGAAGUUACUCAUUUGUUUAUAUUCAAGAACUGCUGAUAUACUGUGGAUAUAGUAGAGUAUAUAUAUAUACUAAAACUUGAAAAAUGCAGAUGUCGAAGGAAUAAUAAGUAUAUCGUAUUUUAAUUCUUUGUGGCAGGAUUAUUGUAUAAGCAAAUGAAUCAAACAACGAUGUAAAUCACAAAUGAAAACUGAAAAUGAACCAAAGGAAGAAGGAUCGCUUCCAGGCAGUAUCUUUCUAUUGUAGCCUGUUAUUUAAGGAAAUACUAGUGAUUUGUUCUAAAUAGGUUGUAAAACACGUUCCACAAUUUCCUUCUUCAGUCCUGCCUGCCAAAAACUCAAAUGUAACUGUGAUAUAGCAACCCUUCCCAGGUCCAUUGGCAGGUGUGUGUUUGAUCUCUGAAUGCACAGGUGACAUGGAUAUGAUAUGACAACUGGUAAUGGAUUCAUUUACAUUGUUUACAUUUCUAUGACCAGGCCUUAAGGGAAGGUCAGUUUUUUUUAAACUUAAGUAAUGUCUUCCUACCUAUCUCCAAAUGUCAACAAAGAAGGGUGUUUGUGCUUCAAUUUUUUUUUUUUGCUCAGUAAUAUAGUCAAGCAAGAGUGUUUCCAAGUGACCUGUUGAGCUAUGUAAAACAUUUUUGUUUAUUUCAAAUAAAAUAUAUUUGUAUUAUUUGUCAUUCAUAACUAUCCACCCAUACCACAUUAUCCGCUGUAACAGGUAGACCAAUACAAAUAUACCUGUUUUGUUCUAAAA